GGACAAGCCUCCAAGAAAGGAAAUUGGAUUCGAAGGGAGAAAUUGGAACCUUGGUCCUAGCCUCAGCCUGGUUCACAAACCAGAUCCCAGCCCGCACCUUUGAGGGAGAAGCCAGGCUUGAUGGUGCAUACUUUUCAUUUCAGCACUGGAGAGACAGAGCCAAGUGAAUCUCUGAGUUCCAGGCCAGCCAGGGCUACAUGACGGAGUCCGUAGCUAGUGAGACCACCGAGCAGGGCCAGGCCGGGCCCUGCCUGAAAGGACACCAGAGUCCUUCACCGGCCCCUGUGAACCAGAGCCCACCAGGCUGUCCCACUGGCCCCACCAUGACAUCAGAGUCCACAUCACCUCCAGCGGUCCCACCUCUCCACUCUCCCAAGUCUCCUGUCUGGCCCACUUUCCCAUUCCACAGGGAGGGCAGUAGGAUCUGGGAACGGGGUGGGGUCUCUCCUCGGGACCUGCCCAGCCCUCUGCCUACCAAACGAACCAGGACAUAUUCAGCGACAGCCCGAGCCUCGGCUGGCCCUGUGUUCAAGGGCGUCUGUAAACAGUUCUCACGCUCCCAGGGCCAUGGCUUCAUCACCCCUGAGAAUGGCUCAGAGGACAUCUUUGUGCACGUAUCUGACAUCGAGGGGGAAUAUGUGCCUGUGGAAGGCGACGAGGUGACCUACAAGAUGUGUCCCAUUCCACCCAAGAACCAGAAGUUUCAGGCUGUGGAGGUGGUGCUCACCCAGUUGGCCCCCCACACUCCCCACGAGACAUGGUCUGGCCAGGUUGUGGGUUCCUAGGUGGGGGGUGAUCCUUAUGGGGAGGGCAGGCAGCAGCCAGCUCUGCUCCCACUGUGCUGCUGACCAGCCGUUGGGUGUGUGCAUUUGUCUGUUUGUACAUCUUUCUGUGCUUAUGGCUGUGAGUGUGCUUCCAACAACUUCAUACAACUUCCGUGACCCGGACUGUUGUACCAGCCAACCUGGGGUUGGAUGGAAGGGUGGCCACCAGCCCUGCCUUGGCCCGUCUCUCUUUCCUUCAUGCCUUGCCAUGUAUACACAUGACCCUCCUGCCCUCUUGCCCAUUGUCUACCUACUGAGUCCCUGCAAGCCUGUGCCAGGUCAGGUGGAGACCCAGGGAGACCCUCUCCUAUGAGCACCCUCAUCACUGCUGUCCUCAGUCCUUCUCAGUCCCAUGCCUGACCCUGGUCAGACUUUGCUUGUGCUCCUGUCUCCUGCCCUGGGCUGGGGUGUUUGCCAUGGCCUGGAUCCUUCCUCUCAGAAGCCAGGCCUCUGAGUGCUUUGUGGGGGCCUCUAGCUUCACAGGGAGGGGAAGAGGGCAAAACAUGGAGGCUCAUGGCACCCCGUCACAGCCUGGCUCAUCUUCCUGCCCCUACUCUUUCAGUACACUGGACAGGCAGCAAACCGGGCUGUGGGCAGAAAAGGGAACCUGUUUUGUUUUCCAAUUCUGUCUCCUCAGCCUGGCUGAGGCUCUUUUGAGCUCCACAGAGCUGGGUUUCUUCCCCUGGCUUCCUCCUGAGGUGGGGACACAUUCCCCCCAGCUUGGAUGGAAUCAUCUCCCCCACUCUGAUGCACAAACCCCGUGGAUGCUCUGCCCUGUGCUGGUCAUCACAGUGUCUGAGGAUGUGGUGAUGGAUGGAUAUGUGUCUCCUCAGGCAAGGCCAGGUCCAGGCACCCAAAGGACAGCCCAAGGCCUGGGAGACCACUGGCCUUGCAACUCCAACACUGGACCAUCUUCGCAGAGCUGCAAGACAUAGCCCCCAUAGUCUCUUGACAGGCCAGCGGCGGGGUGGCUCUUAUCUUUCCACCCCUCAUGUGUGACUGUCCCUCUUACCUGUGUCCCUUCUAGACAGCCCAGUACCUGUUGGGAGGAUAAGUGGGGUCACAGGCUUAGGGAGGGGCUGCCAGGACAAGAGCCUAAUGGGACCCAGUCUACCAGUAACAUUGGGGCUCAGAUAUCCAGGAUGAGGGGGUCAGUGACUGUCUAGGCAGCUUGGUAGGUAUCCCAGGACCACAGGGUAGAAUCAUUUGGGGUGUCUGUAUCCCAGCUUGUCCUAGUACCCAUUACAGAGGCCAGCAGCCCAAGAGGUGCUGCUAAGAGGUGCUGGCUAGCCCUUCCAAACACUAGGAAGGGGCUGCCUGUCUGACGCUCCACUGUGAGUUAGGCUUCUCCAACAAGGCCUGUCCCUGAGAAGCAGAACUACAGGAUUCCUGCCCCUUGACAGGGAGCUUGGUACAGGUGGACCCUGGGGCCACCCAGCCUUCUCUCCUGUGAGCAGGUCCUUCUCAGGCAUUGGCCUGGGGCCUCCUGGGUGGCCAAGGACAGCAGACUUCCUCCCCACUCUUGGGCCUACAGUGCCCAGGCAGAAACCUUUCCAGACCCCAGCCACGGACCCCCCAAUCCCUCCUGGACCCCCUAUCCCUCCUAACACUGGCAAUAAAUUCAACUGUGACCCA